UUCUCCUCACACGCGCAUCUCGAACGAUUAUCAUCCUUCUAGAUUAUUGGCAAAGGGUGACUCAGUAAAGUUCGACCAAAGCGCCACUUGCGGUGAUUUUUUUAGCAUGCUCUAACUAAACAGCACGCAGAGUAAAAGGUUGCACGAAGAAUCGCGGUUCUUUCUCUUACAUUUCACGGCCCUCUUAUUUACAAAAAUGGGUGGUUUUUUAUCCAAGUUUCGUUGGAAAAAACAGGAGUUUGGUGAAGGCUCCGAACAACAAACUCCUGAGGAUGAAGAAAAGAACGAAAAGCCAAUUUCUGCUGAAGAAGAGUUGAUAAGUACAGAAAAACCAGAAACAAAGGAACUUCUCAAGGAGGAAGUAAAUGUAGAUACUGUUCCAGGAGUCAUUGCUUCUCCAGAAACACAAGAUGCUCCAAAAUAUGAAGAAAAGUCACCAGAUGUACUACAAUCAACUCCUACCAUCUCCUUAACUGUUCCAGAUUCUGAACAUGGGGGAACCCAAAAAGAGGAUAAAGAAAAUAAAACAAUUUCAACUGAAACAAAUUUUGAAAAUAAAGAUACGUCCGAUGUGGUAGUGGAACCAACAGGUACAACUGCGCCAACUAUUAGCAGUGAAACAGCUAAGGAGCCCCCUCAAUCAACAUCAACCCUUCCCACAAGCGAUGAUGUUAAAUUUGAAACAACGGAGACUCUGAUAGAAGCACCACAAUCAACUACUGUCCCAGAAAUAGAAGAACUUUCAAAGGAAAUUCCACAGCCAUCUUACACUCCUGUUAUAACAGGCGUUAACUCUGAAACACAAGAAAAGACAGACGUGGUAGAUCCUGGGACACUGUUGAAAGAGCAGCAGGAAAAACAGCUCAAAAGUGAGUCUAAAACUCUUCAAGAACAAAAGAAUAUUCUACCAAGUGAGACGACGGAUGAUGAUUAUGAAUGGGUAGACCCACUUAGCGAUCUGCCUACUAGUCAAGCUAUAAGCGAGGACAAGUCCAUCUCACUACAGUUUCAGGAGUUAACCUCAGAUGAAGCUUCUGAAAACAAGGAAACGAUCCUUUUCCAGGCAGAAGAAGAAGAUAAAUGUGAACACGAAAUAGAAUCAAAAUCUAUUGAGAUUUCUGAUCCCCGUGUCACAGAAGAAGCCACGCCAUCAUCUUCUUUCCCUGAAUCUAUAUCGACUACUUCAACAAUCACAAGUACGACUGACGGAAUUCAAAAAAUGAAAAUGGAGGAUAAAAAGAGCAAUAUUACUGAAAGUCAGAUGUUAACUGAAUACCUUUCGACUUCGGAUAUGGAAGUUCUGAAUCAAACAGAAGAAAAGAUGGAGUUUACUGAUACUUUCAAGGAGCAACAGAUGGAGAUCAAGAGAGUUGAAUAUGUCGACAAAUCCACGGCUGAAGAACUGAAAGUGGGCGAUACUGUUAAAGUAGAUCAAAUUAACGAAGAAAUCCCAUUAUAUGAGGAUAGAGAAGAUAGUGGAGUAGAUCCUUAUGAUACUCAGAUUGUGACUGAACAAGAACAAAUUCAGUUGGAUAUGCCAACCCUUAAUGUUAAUGAAAGCACACACACUGUUGAUCCCAAGGGGUCAACGAACGAGAUGACUUUAGACAUUCCUAAAACAGAAGACUUACCAGACUAUAGUGGACCACACACUCCCGAAGAAGAGGAUGCUGCAGUAAAAAUCCAGUCAGCUUUUCGUGGAUUCAUUGCAAGAAAGCAGUACUUAGAGAAUAAAGUCAACUACGAACAUUCAGAUUUUGCACAACGAAGUGAAAAUGUUCUAAAUGACACAAAAAUUGAGCUUCUACAUGAUUUUACAGAAACAGGUGAUAUAGAAGCUGAAAAAGAACUCAGGAAAGAUAAACAUGCAGAAAUAAUACUGAAGGAAGACGAAAGAGUAAAUGUAAUCAAUUUAGAUGAAAUCAGCCCGGAAUCUCUAGACGAGCCAAAGCCUGAAGAAUAUCCUCAGCUUGAGGAUCAUCUAAAGUUUAUGGACAAUAAAGAGGACACACAAGAUUCUUUGGAGGAAGAUAAGGCCGCUAUACGUAUUCAAGCUGCAUUUCGUGGUUAUAAAGUACGUCGGGAAAUGAAACACGAACACCCACACAUUGUAUUAGAUAAAACUCAACAAGGUGAAGAUCAAGAAUCGGAGUAUAAGGAAGAAGAAGGUUUUCUAACAGAAGAUAAGUGUCAGGAAGAAUUACAGAAACAUUUAAACACUGAACAUAGUGCAAGGGAAAGCCAGAAUGAUAACUUUGAAUCAACAGACAAAUUGCUAAUCAGUGAGUUUGACCAGCUUCAAAGUUUUAUAGAAAGCCAUUCAGAGCCAAAAAUAUAUCUUUCUGCUACAGAUGAAGGGAGUGAACUAGGAACAGAACAAAACAAACAACAGCAAACAAGCACAACAAGCUAUACCAAAAUAACUUCAACGUUUGGAUUGGAAUCACAAGAAUAUGAAGAUACCACUGAUAUUCAACUUCCUACACAACAGGUAUGUGAAGUAACUGAGACCACGCCCAAGUUGCAAGAAGACGAUGCUCUGUUAGGUCAUCCUAUCAUGCCUCCACAGAAAGAAGCUAUAGUUGAUAUGACUAGUUUAUUGGAUAAGCAAGACCGAAAUGAUACCUCCAGUACUGAAGUUGGCGUGUUUGAUAUAAACAGCGUGAGCCAAUCCCAAGUAUCCAAUAUUGACACAUCUGAGGAAAUUCCUAUUGUCGUGCCUUUGAAAAUCACAGGUACAGAAAGCUUUCAAGAAGAUACAGAUGAUGUAAUGGCACAUCAAGAACAACAUGUAUUACAUACUGAUGUCAAUCAAACUAGUGUUUAUUCUGCACCUCAAAAGUCAUUCGAAAAAGCCAUGAUCAUAGUAGAUGAAACAGUAGAAACUGAAAAAGAUCCUACUCUAAUUUCUGAUGAACAUAAAGAAAUAUAUAAACCGAACUCUCUGUCUGAUACCACCAGUGUUUUGGAAGAUUCUAUAGAUAUUUUGAAUAAACUGGAACCACAAAGUAUUCCGGACAGUUCUACACAGUUUGCCAGUAGUGAGUGUGCUCCUUAUACAUUUACAACAAGGCUUGUUGAAGAAGAUUCGAAAUCAAAAUGUAGUACCGAUAAUGCUAUUGAGAAUAUAACAAUUCCUUUCGAAACAGAAAAAUCAGUAGAAAAUAUAGAAACUCAACAAGCUGAACAUUUUGUGGAAUUACAAGAAGCAGAGUGUACAUCUUUAAAUACAAGUGCAUCACUACAGCCAUUACUGGAUGAAGAGCAAUCAAUUAGGCCCAGAGCUUCCUGUGAUAAUAUUGAAGCCACUGAAGGGACAGCUUUUCCUGAAGUUCUUUCGGAAGAGCAAACGGUUUCCAAUAAGUCCGUAACCCAUUCAAAUGUUUUAAAAGAUCUUCAGCAGUUAAUUGAAGAAGUUAAAGUAUCUGAUGCAGCAAUAACAGAAGAGCUAAAUUUGCUAAAAGAGCAGAAUGAGGAUAAAGCUUCACAAAAUGAAUCAAUUGUACGAGACCAGAAAACGUUAUUGAAUCAGUCCUCAAACACAACCUCUCAUUCUGAAGAACAGCCCACAGACAAAUCUAUUAAUGUACAAGAGGUUAAAAUGGAAUCAGAACCCAUGUCUGGCACAUGGGUUGAAGGUGAGCAGAAUGAUCCAUCUUCCACACCAAGUGGCCAAAUCUAGCUUUUUCAGCUGUUUUAAAAAAAAUGCUUUUGUGUUAACAAACACACACACACACACAUAUACAUAUAAUCUUCCAUGAACUUACUCUUUGUUUGGAUUAAAUAUUAAGUGAACGAUGAGACGAGAAGUAUUAUAAUCUAUUUUGUCUCUUUAUUUCUUGACCAGCAACAGUAAUAUUAAAGGUACCUUUGUUAAAAAAAAGAUACAUUUUUUAUCGCUUUGUAGAUGGAAAAACAAAAAACUACAUAGAAUUGGUGAAAUAAUUUUAUUUUGUAGUUAAAUAUUAAGUGUAUAAUUUAUCUCAUAAAUGCUGUACUUGAAUGAUAAAUGACACUUAGUUCCUUA